UUGAUUGAUGGUUCUGUAGGGAAGUGGGCGGGCGUGCAGCAGUUUCCCAGCCGAGUCCCAGAAUCAGGUAGAGCUGCCGCCGAACCCCGGCCGAGAGAACGUUCCACCGUCUCCAGGCAACCGGACCGCGGGUAACCGGGGCAACUGACAGGCUCACCUGGCUCGCUAUCGGACGUCGGGAAGAUGGGCCGUAUAUUUUUGGAUCAUAUUGGUGGCACCCGCCUAUUUUCCUGCGCCAACUGCGAUACGAUCUUGACCAACCGCUCUGAGCUGAUAUCAACUCGCUUUACAGGCGCAACAGGGAGGGCGUUUUUGUUCAACAAGGUGGUUAACUUGCAGUACAGCGAAGUCCAGGAUCGCGUCAUGCUCACUGGACGACACAUGGUGCGUGAUGUCAGCUGUAAGAACUGCAACAGCAAAUUGGGAUGGAUUUACGAGUUUGCCACAGAAGACAGCCAGCGCUACAAAGAGGGCAGAGUUAUCUUGGAGCGAGCUUUGGUGCGCGAAAGUGAGGGUUUCGAAGAACAUGUGCCAUCUGAUAACUCCUGAAACAUCCCAUCCUCCUGCUUAUUUAAAUUAAGAAAAAGUAGAAAACAUGGGGGAAAAAAAUCUAUUUCUUUUUUUCUUGCAAAUCUUUUAGUCUCUGCAUUGGGAAUCGUCAUGCAUUAGAAGGAAGCCAAAACACCUAAAACGUCCAUUUCUCUUGGAUUUACCUGCCAUGGAGAGAAAUAUUUCACCAACGCAGUCUUUAAAUUUCUCCUCCAGCAGACGUACUUAAAAUGUAGGGAUUGGCAAUUCUAGAGGGAUAUCUUUUUUCCCAUGUUGAUAAAUGCCUUAUUUAAACAGUGCCGAUGUGCUGAAAUCCAUUUUUCCUUUCUCCAAUUUCUGUAUCCUCUUUUAGAAAAUUCUUUUUGAUUUUAGUUGAUUUAGUCCCCAACCCCAUUUGAUACUGUUUGCACAGAGAUUGUAUAGGUACAGCAUUGAUAUGGCUUGUGCUGGCCAGAGUUAUUUACUAGUUGGAGCUAAUGUACACAUCAGAAUUCUUUGCAUUUUCAUUUUUUCCAACACAAAUUCUAACAUUUCAGGAAUUUGUCAUGUAUCGUAUGUGAUGCAAUUGAUGUGGAUUUAAAAAGCAUACAAAAAAAAAUGAGAGACAACCAUUAGUUUUAUGCAAAAAAGUUAAUAUUGUAGUGUGUAGUAUUGGUAUAAUAAAUAUUUGUGACCUUUUCAUUUAA